AUGCACCUGGCUUUUGCAGAUGACCUCAUGCUUAUGGCUCGGGGAGAUCCUAUGUCGAUUAAUAUCAUUAUGGAAUGCUUAGCCGACUUUGGUGCCAAAUCUGGGCUCGCUGUUAACUCCAUGAAGUCUAGUCUUUAUACGGCUGUUAUCUUAGGCCAGGAUCUCCAGGAUAUUCAUGGCCUUGUGAACUUUCAUAAGGAUUCGUUCCCUUGGCCGUUGUCAAGCUUAGUGUUAAUCACUAUGCUCCGUUCAUUGAUAAAGUUGCGGCUUAUAUUAAUGGUUGGACGAACUCUUCCCUCUCCGGAAGUUUCGGACCGUAUUACUCAGCUUUGCAGGGCCUUCCUCUGGAAUUCUAAGCAUUCUCUGAUAGCCUGGAAGGACGUCUGCCUCCCUAAAUCUGAAGGGGGCUUGGGUUUUAAGGAUAUCGGUUGUUGGAACUCAGCUCUUUCGGCCAAAGUCAUAUGGAAUAUCCAGCAUAAGAAGGAUUCCUUAUGGGUCUGUUGGAUCAGUCAUGAAUAUCUUAAAGGAAGCUCGUUCUGGGAAUGGUUGCCUAAGAAGGAUGACUAUCCCCUUCUUAAGAGAAUCCUAGCCAUCAGAGAUUCAUUGUGUCAUUCUAGGGUAAUAUUUCAGCGGCUAUUCAGAGACUUUCAAGCUGGGUCCAAGGGGGCAGCAUCAAUAUGUCCAAAGCAUAUAAUUUCUUCUGGCCUAAAGGCUCUAAAAAGAUCUGGGCCCCAGAUGUUUGGAAUUCUUGUAUUACCCCCAACCACGCCUUUAUCCUUUGGAUGA